AUGGAGAUGGUGUUGGCUUCAAGUCCACCUGGGUGUGUUAACAGGUGCAUGGGUUGCACACCUUGCACCCCUACUCUUGUUGUUUCUCCACACCCUAACAAUAAUCUCAAGGCACCAAAUACAAAUCGCAGAGAUGGCUAUUAUUCCCUUGGAAAUUAA